AUGAACAAGCUGCUACUUCUCACAGGUCUCGUCCUGUUGCUGCAAAUGCAGCUAGGUUCUUCCUUUAAACUGGUAUGCUAUUUUACCAACUGGGCUCAGUAUUACCCUGCACCGGCCACUUACAUGCCUGAUAAUGUUGAUCCUUGCAUGUGUACUCACCUGAUCUAUGCUUUUGCUACCAUGAACAACAACCAGAUAGCACCUUUUGAAUGGAAUGAUCCAACCCUCUAUGCUUCCUUCAAUGCCCUAAAGAAUUAUAACAGUGAAUUGAAAACACUCCUGUCUGUUGGAGGAUGGAAUUAUGGAACAUCUGGGUUCAACACAAUGGUAUCCUCCUCCGAAAACCGGCAAACAUUUAUUAACUCUGUUAUCAAGUUCCUGAGACAGUAUGAUUUUGAUGGAUUGGAUAUUGACUGGGAAUAUCCUGGUGAUUCAGACAGAGGAAGCCCUCCACAGACCCAACAGCAGUUUUCUGUCCUGCUUCAGGAAAUGCAUGAGGCAUUUGUCCAGGAAGCUAGUCAGAGCAACAAACCUCGGCUACUCAUGUCUGCUGCUGUAUCGGCUGGCAAGUCAACCAUACAAGCAGGAUACCAGAUUCCACAGUUGUCUAAGUACCUGGAUCUUAUUAACGUUAUGACAUACGACCUUCGUGGCUCUUGGGAAGGUUUUACAGGAGAGGACAGUCCUCUGUUCCAGGGACCAGCUGAUCAGGGUGGUUACAUUUACUUCAAUGUGGACUAUGCUAUGAACUUUUGGAAAGAUAAUGGAGCUGCAGCCGAGAAGCUUAUGGUUGGGUUCCCUGCCUAUGGACGCACUUUUACACUGAGUAACCCCGCCAACAAUGGUCUUGGUGCCCCAAUUUCAGGUGCAGGUCCAGCUGCCCCGUACACACAGGAGGCUGGAUUUAUGGCAUACUUUGAGAUUUGCGAUUUCUUAAAACAAGAUGCUACUGUGGUAUGGAACAGCCCUCAAGCAGUUCCCUAUGCCUAUAAAGGAAGUCAAUGGAUUGGAUAUGAUAACCAAAAGAGUUUCCAGAUCAAGGCAGAGUGGCUUAUGAAGAACAACUUUGGAGGUGCCAUGGUCUGGGCUCUUCCUUUGGAUGAUUUCAGUGGGAAAUUCUGUGGACAGGGAAAAUACCCACUGAUGAACACUCUGAAAUCUACACUGGGUAUCUCCUUUCCAAACUGUAAGACCCCAACUAUAACUGUAGCGCCAAACACUGCACAACCAGCAACUGCAGCAGCUCCAACUGCCAGUGGAAGUGACGGCAACAGUGGAUUCUGUGUUGGAAAGGGAAAUGGUCUUUACCCAAAUCCCAAAAAUAAAAGUGGCUUCUUUAACUGCCUUAAUGGGCACACGUACCAGGAGUCCUGUCAAACAGGCCUAGUAUUUGAUUCCAGCUGCAACUGCUGCAAUUGGGCUUGAAGAAGAAUGUUAAUU